AUGGCUCAUGAUUCUAAUUUAAUAAUAUCGGAAGAAGAUUUUAGUGAUGAGGAAAUUAAUUAUCAGGAAGAAGGAUUUAAUUGUGAAUUAUGUGGACAAUAUGUUGGAAAUAAUUUUGAAUAUGAACAUCAUUUGGAAACUCUCCAUAAACAUGUUUGUACAGAGUGUAGUAGAGUAUUUCCGAGUGCAUUUCUCUUAUCAGUACAUUUGGAGGAGAAGCAUGAUUCAUUCUUUAGUGUGAUGACUCUCAAAAAGGAUUGUUAUCAAUGCUUGGUUGAAGAUAAAUCCAUUUGUAAUGCCAAAUUCAGAACAAGUGAAGAGAGAGACGAGCACAUGAGGAAUGUGCAUUUAUACAAGAAUGAUUUUAGUUUUGAAAAUAUUGGAUUUAUUGUAAACUAUGAGGAGGAUUAGAUGUUGGGAGUUUUUUGGGUUGUUUAUUCAUAUAUAUCCAAUUUGAUUGUAAUUGAACUUGCAUUAUAGGGUUGUCCAAAAAAGAUAUAAUUAUAUAUUUUCUAUUUUCAUAAUUACUAAAUCAGUCAAUUGGUCAAAAAAGUAAUGCUAGCAAAACCUUCAAAUCUGAAAAGAGAAACGAACUCAUAUUUACUCAAUCAAAAACAAUACAACAAAAUGCAACCACAAAAGACAAGUACCACAGGAGGAGGAACCUUACAUAACAUUGCUGAAAAGAUUAAACAUCCAUUCACCCACGAUACUGACACCAACAUUACCUAUCAAACCAGAGAACAAAAGAAGCUAGCAGAAACCGAUCCACACUUGGCUCAAGAGCUUGGAGCUAAAGAUGUUGGAGUACCUCCAGUCACAACAAAUCCUCUCUCAAGUACUAGAACCACAACUACAGUUCCAACAAAGGAUGCCAUGUUAAAUCAAUCUAGUGUGCCAUCCACUCACUCUACAAUUUCAAGAGAGGAAUACCAUGAAAAGAAGUGGUAAAAAUAUGAAUGAAAUUUAAUUUCCUUUUAAUUGUUGUGAGAUUAACAUUGUAAUCUUUGUAAAUAUUUAAAUAAUAAAUAAUAGCGUG